AUGGAGCCCCCGACGGAAAUUGACAAUAUUCUGGAAGCAUUCAAGCGUGGAAAGGAGAAACCCAAGGCUAAUUCUCCUGAGGAUUUCCAAUCUUGGCUACAGGAUGUAUUGUCAGUUAAGACUGAGGUUAAACCAGUUGUGGAACAGAAAUCAAACUCUUCUGACACAGGAAAUGGAGCUCAGGCUAGUGCUAUGAAUCAUCAUAGGUUUCCUAGAAUUCCCCAAUUCAGUGGAGACAGGACUGGGAAGGAAACACCUUAUGACGUCUGGAGGUAUCGUGUUGAUGGGCUUUUGGAAUCUUCAUCUUAUACACAGGAUAUUAAGGAACAGGCAAUCAAGGAUUCCUUGAAGGGAGAGGCUGCUACGAUCGCCGUCAACAUGAGGCCUGGGACCAGUAUUUCAUCCCUGCUAAGGAAGCUCAGUAUUGUUUUUGGAGUAGUCGAGGGGAGGGAAUUAAGGAUGGCACAGUUUUAUAGCGCUAGACAGAAGGAAGAGGAGGAUGUGUCACAGUGGGCUUGUCGUUUGGAGGAACUUCUUUCCCAUGCCCUAAAGGAUAAGCCGACCAGCAAUGAGGAUUCUGAUGAGAUGCUUAGGAGUAUGCUUUGGACAGGACUCAAGUCAGACCUCAAGAACAUCUCAGGACACAAGUUUGAUACCAUCAAUAACUUUGAUGACCUGUUAGAAGCUCUCCGGGAGAUAGAGAACAAUCAGUUGAGCACAGUCCCAUCUGCUAAGACAAAGACACCAGGAACAGCAAAGAGUGCCACUGCACAGGAGCCUGGGUGGAAGAAGGAGAUUAAGGAAAUGAAAGCUAUGAUCAACAAGCUUACUUCUGAAGUUGCUGGGAUGAGAUUAACAAGUGCAACAGAGCAAGAGUUUCCUUAUCCUGCCCCGGAUCAGAGGUCAAUGCCAUCAAGUGGACCCCCUAACUGA